AUGGUCCAACCCAAACAAAACACUGUCAACCCACCUUUGUUCCCCGUGGGGUCCAACAUUGUCUUUGAAUGGGUAUUCGAUAACACAACCUUGGUCUUCCCGCCCGCGAACCUGACCAUUGAGGUUGCAUUAACGUCGAAUCCAAAGAUGGUCUGGCCGGUGGCGAAUGUUUCGGGAACGGCGACUUCAACGAGUUGGAAAACGGACGCUGUUGUGCCGUCGUUGUUUAUGGGAUUCUAUACCUUGAGUGUCUAUGAUACGAAACUUGGAAAGCAAGGAGUCGCCAUCAGUGGUCACCUCAUGCCCUACUCGGAUCUUCAGUUCGGCAUGUACAUCCCAGAACCAUAUGUACCAAGAACAGGAGCGUUCUGUAACAACUGCAAGAACGGGAUCAGUGGAGCCACGAGCACACUUCCUCUCAGGACAAGUCAGGUUCUUCAGUCGGUGAUCUUGGGCUUGUCUACUUUUAUUGCCAUCUGGGGUCUUGCUCUCUAG